AGCUCGGGUAGAUAUUAAGACCGCCGUGUGGAACUAGGGUUCACUUUCCUCACAAGCGCUUAGAGGCAGAGAGAGAUAGAGCCAUGGCAAGGAUCAAGGUACACGAACUGAGGCAAAAGUCGAAGCCCGAUCUGUUGGCUCAGUUGAAGGAUCUGAAAGCAGAGCUAGCUCUCCUCCGUGUCGCCAAGGUCACUAGCGGUGCCCCCAACAAGCUUUCCAAGAUAAAGGUGGUGAGGUUGUCCAUAGCGCAGGUGUUGACAGUGAUAUCACAGAAGCAGAAAGCAGCUCUAAGGGAUGUUUACAAGAACAAAAAGUACCUACCCCUUGAUCUCCGCCCCAAGAAGACCAGAGCCAUCCGAAGACGUCUCACUAAGCACCAGGCAUCUUUGAAGACAGAACGUGAGAAGAAGAGAGAGAUGUACUUCCCUAUGAGGAAGUAUGCCAUUAAGGUGUAAGAUAUGACUUAGUAAGUCAACUUUAGUGUUCCUGUUCUCUAGUGGCAAAGAUAUUUGUAGUUGCCUUUACCAUAUUGUCGUCGUUACUGUUAUCCCUGAGAUGUGAAGAGAAUUUAAUUAUGAGUUUUUGUUGGGAGUAAUGUUUUCUUAAUUUAUGACACACUGGAGACAUAGUUCUACGCUUGAUGUAGGCAUGUUGAGUGAGUAUCACCUUGCUCCAUUCUUUGUAGUCUGCUGAAGCUUUUAUUCUCAACAUGCUUAUUAUAGGAAAUUUACAGCAUCUCCAAUGGUGCUCUCAAAAAUAGAGCAUAUUUGACAAAAAGUUUAAAUAAGUUGAUG